AUGCUGUUCAGCAGACACAUCAGUGAGAAAGAGCCCGAGCUGAAAGAGGCUCAGCAGCAGUUCAGCCUCAGCUGCGUCUCCUCCUCCUAUGUGCCUGUUCACUUCAGACACUCCUCUUCCUCCUCCCUUUAUGUGCAGCCAGCUGCAGUGGCCCUCCUCAAGUGUGACAGCGAGACUGACAUUGACGACAAGGUAAGGCUGCUUUUGGUGCUUGGGUUUGUUCACCUGCCAUGUGCGAGUCACAAGGAUGAGCCAUAA